GGAUUUUUAGCCAACAGUUUAGCAUUAUUCACAGACGUCCUUCACCUUGGUAGUGACCUAAUUAGCUUCCUGAUCAGCUUAUUAGCGAUAUAUCUAUCCCAGAAACCACCAACCAGAAAAAUGUCGUUCGGAUAUCACAGAGCAGGUAGGGAGUUGGUAGGUUUAUUUUCAUUUUAA